UUUUCACUUUACAGAAAGCAGAUCUUUUGAAAUUCAGCUGUUCUUGUUCUACUUCCUAGAAGUAGGAUAAAAAGAAAAGGAUGAAUUUGAGAAGAGGCAGCAGGUGUGCUGUACAGAAGGGAGAACAAGAGUUUCACCUGUCAUGCUGCAGAACUCAAACUCCAGGAAUCCUGCCACAGUUUCGUCCCUAAUUAACAAUGCUCAAAGCAAAACAGGAACAUCCCAACAAAGAACAAAAAAGACACAUAGAGCAAAAACAACUUAAGCCAAAACUGUUGGGACACAAUAUUUCAGAGAAGCAACCGCAGGUUUUCAAUAUUCAAAACCUGUCUCCUUUUCUAGGAAUUAUGUUGUAACAAUAAAGUAAUUGUGCAAAUAAAAUGAGCACACAGGGAGUGACUUCAGCCAGGCAAUUAUUUUAGAUAACAUGAGCUACAAACUACAGGUAAAAAAAACCACAAAAAAAACAAAAACAAUUAUACUAAUAGAGGAGCUACCUAAAGCAAACUUAAAUGGCAGGCUUCCUUAAAAACCUGAAAGGUGUGUCGCCCUGGAUCAUUUGCAGCAAAAAUGAAAAGGUGGAGCCACAGAAGGAGCAGCUUAAAAGGGAGUUACUCCACUCGACAAUAUUCACAGAGGAACAACAUCAACAGCAUCCUGCUGGACUGACUUACUGAAAAAAUAACGCCAGGCAGAGAGAUUUUUCUUGGAGCACCUUUACUCCAAACUCUCCAGAGUCUUCCUCGUCUUUGGACGACAGUCUAACUGCGAAAAUGUUUGCCAUCAUCGAGCAGUGGGACGAGGCGUCCAACCAAUAUACAGACGUCACCAAGAAGUACUUUUUGAUUUUGCUCGUCAAGUUUGGACUGGAAACGGCUGUGUUUUACUCAUGCAGCCCGAAAAAGUACAUGUACUUUUUAAGCGUCUGCAGCCUGUCCGUCUUGCUGGCUGAUUUUCUUCUUACAGUGUUAAUGGGAGCCGCCUGGUUUCUCGGCCCAGAGAAGUCGUUGGUGUCAACCUGCUUCCUGUUGGCUACGGCCUCAACAACAUACAGAGCUCUGCCACUCCCUAUGUUGAUCGUGGGCUUUGUUGACUACUGUUUAGAUGACGUCUUCAUGUGCAAUGUCUCAGUGUCAUGGAAAACAUUUAGAAAUGUUAUCUUGACCCUGGUGGUUUGGGCGGUUGCUUUUCAUAACUCAAUUCUCUCCGAUUACGUCAGACUGGUGGAACUGGAUUCUUCGGGGGAGAUAAACGUGCUUCUCUGUAAAGUGACAGAGUCAACAGUGAUCACAGUCUUUGUUUUCGGACUUUUCAUGGCGUGCCUACUGACGUUGGUGCCAUUUUGGUCCAGAAUUCCCCAGUGGGUGAGAGAAGUCGACAGGAUGCUUGAAUCUCGGGAGCAGCAGCAGAACACGAGGAGCGAUCUGCUCCUCACUUCAACCUGGAAUCCCAACCCAGAAUCAAAAACCAGACUGGAGGAGAACAGCCUGACGAGGCCUCCUCUGUGGUUCAGCAUAACACUUGGCUUUAUAUUGUUCUGGAUGCCGUAUCUUGUGAUGUCUGUCUCUUGCCUGAUCUGCGGAGUUGGAGUACCUGCACACCUCGGAGUAAACCUUCUGUGGUUGGAGUGCUCCAACAGCCUCCUGGUGGGUUUGGUGUUCUGGGCAAAGAGCCACACAAAGGGGCCUUACAGCAGUCUACCAGAGAACAUGUGCUUGUGGCAGGUUUACUGGCACUUGAGCAAAGACAUACGACGAUCUCUGCCGCCUACUGCUGUGUUUAAUCCAUCAUGUGAAAAGAAGAGCAGCUCAUUACAUGUGUAGAAAAAAAUAAAAAAAAUCACCCAAAGACACAGCAAUGCAGACUAAAUGAAAGUCCUGAUGAAUGGAUCAGUGAUCUGAAUCUGUGGUCGUUGCUUCAUCCUGCUGUGGCUGAAUGUUACUAAAGCCAGACUCGGAAACAGAUCGAUACAGAUCGUCCUCUCCAGAAGCCAAGAGGUGAUUAACCGUGGCUUUAAAUGAACUGUUAACUUUUGGCAGGGUGCUUACUGAUGCUGGUGCCAUUUUAGUCCAGGAUUCUGAAGUUGAUCUUCGCAGCAAAAUGUUGCAACUGUUUACUGUGCAUGGUGGGAAAUUCGGAAAGACUACAAAAUGUAGCAGAUCACUUUAUCUUCUUCUAUUUUAACUUUGUGGACUCCACUGAUACAUGUUUGUCAAAAAAUACAAAUAAAAUAUUCAGAAAUAUUGCCUCUUUCAGUUAUAUUUACCAUACCAUCGCAUUCUAUUUAUAGUUUAAAAGGAGAUCUCAGAAGUGUACACUACACUCACCUGUUAACAGAUUAGGUUUUGUGAUGCAAAGCAUGAGCAUGAGGAUUUUAGAAUUUUUUGCACCUUUAAUGUAAGAUGUAUCCUGUAUAAUUCAACUGCAAAACAACUCAGACAGAAAAGAUAAAAACUAAAACUAGAAAAUUAGGGAUCAACAACAUAUCUGCUUAACAAUAGCAUCGGACAAUAUCAUUUAGUCAUUUGUUUGCUUGCAGGUAUUGGUUCAAUAAAUAAUACUAAGUCAAUAAGCUA